GAGAGUACUACUGUUUUUUUGUACCACAUAUGUUUCAUUUUUCGUAAUUUGAAUCUUGAUGUAUUUUAUACCACAUAUUCCCGCUGCAAAGCGCGGGGAAUCAUCUAGUCUCAAUCUAUCUGGAAUACCGUUUCAAGGUAUAUUACCCCCACAGCUUGGAAACCUUCCCCAUUUGCAAUAUUUUGACAUACUUAGCAGAAAUUUCGGUUGUUGCCAAAUGUACUCAACAGAUAUGUCAUGGUUAACACAACUAUCCUCACUUCAGUACUUAAGUAUCCCCUCAGUAAACCUCUCCACCAUUGUUCACUGGGCUCAUCUCGUAAACAUGGUACCUUCUUUGAGAGUCAUCGUUCUUUCUGGUUGCUCACUUACUAGUGCAAGGCAAUCGCGCCUUCACCUCAAUUUAACGAAGCUUCAGAACCUUGAUCUUUCCCGUAACUCAUUCAAUCACCUGGUCGAAUCGAGUUGGUUUUGGGGUGUGAAAAGCCUCGAGUACCUCGACCUUAGCUUCAACCGUUUAUACGGUAGAUUUCCUGACGCUUUGGGAAAUAUGACAUCCUUAAAGGUACUAGAUUUUUCAAACAACUUGAAUAAGGACUUAAGUGCACCAAACUUGACAAGUUUAUGCAACUUGCAAGCGCUAGGCCUUCGUGGUAAUUCCAUGCAUGGGGACAUACAAGUGGUGAUGGAGAGGCUGCCACCAUGUGCUUGGAAUAACUUACAGUAUUUGGAUUUGAGUGAAAACCAUAUGACAGGAAACUUGCCAAACUGGAUAGGGAACUUGAUUAGUUUGAGAGGUCUUUACCUCUACAGCAACCGCCUCAGUGGGCAUGUACCAUCUGAAAUUGGAGCAUUGAGUAAUUUGACUUAUUUGGAUCUCAGCAACAACACCUUGAGUGGUUCAGUUAGAGAAAAGCACUUUGAAAGUCUGAUAAGCUUAAAGAUGAUUGACAUAUCCAAUAAUAGGUUAAGCAUCAUGGUGGGCUCUAAUUGGCUUCCUCCUUUCAAACUGGAAAUUGCAUUUCUUGCAUCUUGCCAAAUGGGCCAUGCAUUCCCUUCAUGGCUUCAAUCACAAGUGGACAUCAUGUCCCUUGACAUUUCAAGUGCAGGUAUAAAGGAUAGGCUUCCUGACUGGUUGUGGGAAUUUCAACAUGGCGGCUAUCUGAACAUUGCACAUAAUCAGAUAACUGGGGAGUUGCCAGAAAAUAUGGAAGCUAUGCCAUGGGAAAUACUCUGGCUCGGUUCAAACGAGCUUACAGGUUCAAUACCACCAUUGCCAAAAGACCUUGACAUACUGGACAUCUCCAUGAACUCCUUUUCAGGAUCACUGCCAUCCAAUUUCGGGUCCCUGGGUAUAGAAACAUUAGUUAUGUUUUCCAAUAAUAUUACUGGCAACUUUCCAACAUCUAUGUGUGAACUGCAAAAUUUGGUCGACUUAGAUUUGUCCAACAAUCGUUUGGAAGGACAUAUUCCUCAAUGUUUUCAGGCCAAUGAAAUAGAGUAUCUAUUAUUAAGUAAUAAUAGUUUCUCAGGCAAAUUCCCGAUGUUCCUUCAAAACUGCACAGAAUUAGUUAUCUUGGAUCUGGCACGAAAUAUGUUCUCUGGAAGCUUGCCUACAUGGGUAGACGGCUUGGCAAAUUUGGAGUUUCUUCUACUAAGCCAUAAUAUGCAUUCUGGAAAUAUUCCCAACAGUAUCACAAGGCUUGGGCGCCUGCAAUACCUGGAUCUGGCAAGCAACAAUCUAUCAGGUCCUAUACCUUGGUAUCUGGCGAACUUAACAUCCAUGACUCGGAAGGGCUUGGUGACAUUAUCUGAUUCAGUCAAUGUUAACCCCUUUGAGCAUGGAAGCUAUGAGCUCCCUUUAAAAAGUCAAUUUGGAGAAAUCAUCCCAGUGAAUAUAAAAGGACAAGAACUAAAAUAUGGCCAUGGGAUUAGGAUAAUGGUGGGUAUUGAUCUCUCGUGUAAUUGGUUUACAGGUAGAAUCCCGGAAGAAAUCUCUUCUCUUAAUGCCUUGGUAAAUCUAAAUUUAUCAAUGAAUGAGUUGAGUGGAGAUAUUCCUGAAAAGAUUGGUGCCAUGCAGUCACUAGAAUCACUUGAUCUGUCAAGGAAUAAGCUAUCUGGAGAAAUCCCAUCGAGCCUAUCAAAUUUAACAUACCUGGCCUACCUGAAUAUGUCCUAUAACAAUUUAUCAGGAAAAAUACCCAAAGGACACCAACUCGACACACUCAAUGUGGACAACCCAUCCUCUAUGUACAUCGGCAACAAUGGUCUUUGUGGUCCUCCUCUUCAAAAGCAAUGCCCAAGAAACGAUACGUCCAUGAAAAGUGACCUUGGAAGAAAUGGCAAAGCAGAUGAACUAAGUUAUUCUUAUGUUGGAUUUGCUGUCGGAAUAAUAGUUGGUCUGAUGGUGGUGUUUUGUGCCCUGUUGUUCAAACCGGCAUGGAUGGCUGCUUAUUUCCACCUAUUUGACAAGCUGCAUGACAGGAUUUAUGUGUUCUUGGUUGCCAAUUGGGAACGAUUGUUUACGGGCACAACCAUGAGUUAAAGUAAUUAUGAUGCUGCAGUUAGUAAAAUAAGAGCUGAGAGCUGCAAGAAAAUUGGUAUGGUAAAAGAAGCAUCGAGAAACUUUCUUUAGUGAACUUUAUAUCAAGCAGUGUGCAUAUUUUUAAUCAUUUAUCAACACAUGCAUGAUAUUUGUAUGUCGGUAUGUAAUAGAAGUGGGGGAACAUGAGUUCACAUUCCUGUUCUGGAUGCAGUAGUUGAAAUAAGUAUUUUGGUGUUUUCCAGUC